AUGGGCGAGGACUCUGAGAAGCUUGGAGAAGAGAAUAGAACCAUGCUGCAAGCAGCAGCAGCGCGCAGAAGGCAGGGAGAGGACGGCGAAGUGGAAAGAUCGCACGCCUCAAGGUAUCCGCUCGCGUGGAGUGCCUGCUCUUCGAGCAUCUGAUUAUGAUAUAGUGGAAUUCUGAUGGGCGAGGACUCUGAGAAGCCUGGAGAAGAGAAUAGAAGAAUGAUGGAAGCAGGAGAAGUGCGCAGAAGGCAGGGAGAGGACGGCGAAGAGGAAAGAUCGCACGCCUGUGGUAUCCGCUCGCGUGGAGUGCCUGUUCUCCGAGCAUCCGAUUAUGAUAUAGUGGAAUUCUUAUGGGCGAGGACUCUGAGAAGCUUGGAGAAGAGAAUAGAACCAUGCUGCAAGCAGGAGAAGUGCGCACAAGGCAGGGAGAGGACGGCGAAGCGAAUCAAUCGCACACAAGUGGCUCAGCUCGCUUCCAGUGGCUGCUGCUUGCAGCAUGGUUCUAUUCUCUUUUCCAAGCUUCUCAGAGUCCUCGCCCAUAAGAAUUCCACUAUAUCAUAAUCAGAUGCUCGAAGAGCAGGCACUCCACGCGAGCGGAUACCUUGAGGCGUGCGAUCUUUCCACUUCGCCGUCCUCUCCCUGCCUUCUGCGCGCUGCUGCUGCUUGCAGCAUGGUUCUAUUCUCUUCUCCAAGCUUCUCAGAGUCCUCGCCCAUCAGAAUUCCACUAUAUCAUAAUCAGAUGCUCGAAGAGCAGGCACUCCACGCGAGCGGAUACCUUGAGGCGUGCGAUCUUUCCACUUCGCCGUCCUCUCCCUGCCUUCUGCGCGCUGCUGCUGCUUGCAGCAUGGUUCUAUUCUCUUCUCCAAGCUUCUCAGAGUCCUCGCCCAUCAGAAUUCCACUAUAUCAUAAUCAGAUGCUCGAAGAGCAGGCACUCCACGCGAGCGGAUACCUUGAGGCGUGCGAUCUUUCCACUUCGCCGUCCUCUCCCUGCCUUCUGCGCGCUGCUGCUGCUUGCAGCAUGGUUCUAUUCUCUUCUCCAAGCUUCUCAGAGUCCUCGCCCAUCAGAAUUCCACUAUAUCAUAAUCAGAUGCUCGAAGAGCAGGCACUCCACGCGAGCGGAUACCACAGGCGUGCGAUCUUUCCUCUUCGCCGUCCUCUCCCUGCCUUCUGCGCGCUGCUGCUGCUUGCAGCAUGGUUCUAUUCUCUUCUCCAAGCUUCUCAGAGUCCUCGCCCAUUACAAUUCUUUUAUAUCAUAAUCAGAUGCUCGAAGAGCAGGCACUCCACGCGAGCGGAUACCACAGGCGUGCGAUCUUUCCUCUUCGCCGUCCUCUCCCUGCCUUCUGCGCACUUCUCCUGCUUCCAUCAUUCUUCUAUUCUCUUCUCCAGGCUUCUCAGAGUCCUCGCCCAUCAGAAUUCCACUAUAUCAUAAUCGGAUGCUCGAAGAGUAG